CACCUUCGAACUCUUCCAUAAUCUAGUAAAGAUGUCUGCGGCGGGUAUGGGUACGGGCGGCUGCAGACCCGGACCCAGUCCGGGUGCUGCUUCUGGGACCUGUAACCCCCGAAAGUUCAGCGAAAAGAUCGCCCUGCAUAACCAGCGACAGGCAGAAGAGACGGCCGCCUUCCAGGAGGUCAUGCUGGACAUUACAUCAACUCGGAUUCAGGCACAGAAGGAACGUCUGGCUCAGAACCAGGGUCCGUGUUACGGAGGGUCCCUGCCCAACGUCAACCAGAUCGGCAGGUCCAACCCAGAGUUUCAGGGUCAGUUCAUAUCUGAUCUGGACUCCGCACGACAGACGAGGCACCACGGCCUGGUGGAGCGAGUUCAGAGGGACCGGCGACCCGUGCUCUCUGGUGCCCCCUAUAGGAGACGACGGGACUGCCCUACAUACAGCUCCGCUUACCUGUCGCCAGCCCCCAGCCUCAGCUGGAGAAGGCACUGGUCCCCCGAUGCGCCGGCGGAUAAAUCCCAGUCGCUGGCUGGCGUCACACUCAACAGGACAAACUCUGACUCUGCCCUGCAUACCAGUGUCAUGAACCCGCAUGCUGGGAUCCAUUCCAGCCCGGGACACGCCCUGACCCAUCGGAACCGGCGAAGCAUGUUCCCCUACCCGGUGCCCCCCAUUGAGGAGAAUGUUCUGGAUGAGGAGAGCCUGCUCAAGUCCUGGGACGCCAAGAAGCUAACUGCGCCAACAUCUCGACCUAAAUCCUGUGAAGUCCCGGGAAUCAACAUUCUACCAUCACCGGCACAGCAGUCAGGCACCCCCCUCAAUCCGGCGACCCUGAGCACCGGAGGUUCCCUGCCAGACCUCACCAACCUGCACCUCCCCUCCCCGAUGCCCUCCCAAAAGGAGGAGCUGGGGUGCGCCUCCCUGUGUGGGGGCGGCAGCACGGGCAACUUGGCGGCCACUCUCACCCAGCUGGGCAUCACCGCGGACGGCACCUUCAGCCUGCCUGGCUUGUCAACGCCUCUACAAGGAACAUUCAGUAACUCUAUGCUUCAGUCCUCGUUGAGCCAUCCCAACAUCCAGUCAUCUCUGAGCUGCCAUUCCUCCCAUGAUUCCCUGAGCUCCACCUCCUUGCAGUCGUCACUUAGCAACCCAUCUCUUCAGUCCUCUCUAAGCUCCUCCCCAUCUUUGCCUUCCUCUCUCAGCAACCAGUCUCUGCAUUCCUCCCUCAGUAGCUCCUCCCUCAGUGGCAAAUCCCUCCAAUCAGCGGCCAAUAACCACAGCUUCAGUAGUGGGAUAGGUGGUUCCGGAUCUUGUUCCUCCUCUUCCUCCUAUUCUUCACUUCUGGGGGGGCAGCAAGGGCCAUCGCUCACCACAUCACCGCGGAGGCGAAACCAGCUCAGCCCGCUCAAAUUAUCCGUUGGCACAGAAUCUCGUUGGCAUCCCUCAAAGCAGUUUUCCCCAACCAUGUCCCCAACAUUGUCAUCAAUAACACAGGGAGUUGCUCUGGAUACAAGCAAACUGCCAGUGGAUCAGAGGCUACCAUCCUAUCCUUACGGUCAGGUCCAGCAGUCCCACCUGUGUCCUCAGCAGUCCGCCCACCCAGGUACAAUGAUGACGCAUCUACAGCAGCCGCAACAGUCUGACCUACAGCACCAACCGCAGCAUCAUCCACAACAGCAACAACAGCAUCAUCUACAGCAGCACCAACACCAACAGCAACAUCACCUACAGCAGCAGAACUUAGAGCAGCCACAGCUGCAGAAACAGCAACAGCACCAACAGCAGCAUAAACACCAGCUACCGUACCAGAAACAAACAAAUCUGCAGCAAGACCAACAGCAGCACCAAAUUAUACAGCAGCAGCAGCAGGAACAGGAACACCACCAGCAACAGCACCUACAGCAGUCUGGGCUGCACCAGUCUGGUCAACAGCAUCUAGAGCCGCAACACCAACAGUACCCACAGCUGCCUGGCCUACACAACGCUAGUCAGCAGCCACAAUGGCUGCAGUUUCAACCGCAGCAGCAACCACAGAACCAGUUGCAAGUUCAGGCACCGCACCGUGGCCUGGAACAGCAGCGGCAGGUACCAGGCAUGCACAGGGUUCCCGCGACUUUGCCUCUGCAUAUGGAGAGCUCGCAGAACCUGCUAAGCCCGCAGAGAAGGGCGCCCGAGUCUGCAUCACAACCGGGCCUGAACUGCGGCCGGGCUCUCACAGGGAGACCGCCUUUGAGUGUUCCAAAUCCGCAGGCGACAAUGGACCAGCUCCUCACAGCCGGCCUGCCUCCAUCAGCCAGUCAAUCUCUGCCUGCCAACUUGGACCUUCAGAGCGAGGCCUCAUUGCUGAGCUCUCUGCUAGAUGAACCUUUUGUGAACCUGCGGCUUCCAGGCAGACAGGGCCAGGAGCUGUCUCAGCAACUGAGGAGGUUCUACAUGGAGACGUCAGGGAGCGACCGGUCCUUCGGCCAGGCCGGUGGCUCUGAAACAGGGAAGGAUGAAGCCAGCCCCAUGGACUCUCACUCCGCCACUAUCCAUCAGCUCUUGAACCAGCAGAACCAGAGCCAGAACUUCAGCACAGGCAGCCACAAAAACCCCAAUAUACUGCUGAGUGGGAAUUCAACGCCAGUGCUAUCCAAGGAAAUCACUUGCACCCUGUCCAGCAUGCCUGGAUUCGAGGGGGACCCCUUCGGCCUGGACGAUCCCCUGCGGAUGGACCCCCUGGUGCUGGAGGGCCUCGGCCUCCUGGAAGAUGGGGAGCUGGUGCUGGCUGACCCCGCUGUGGAGGACUCGUUCCGCUCGGAGCGUUUCCACUGACACGGCUCCGGUGCUCGGCAUCAGCAGCGGUGACACAGCGGUCUGGGAACGAGACUAACAGAUUAAUUUUCUACCACGCUGUGGGGCUCAUGCACUAAUACUACUCAGAAAGAGAAACUAUGGUUUAUCUGGGAUACUGAAAACUGCACUUUGGAGACCUUUGCGGGUAUGAAGCAUCUCUUGUGGCCUUAAAUCCUUUAGUCUGGUUAUUGUGGUAGAAUGCCUUUUCUGCAUGGUGGUGAUGAAUCAAGAAGCACUUGGCACACCGUAGCCGUAAUGUCGUAACGGACAGUCCAUCCUCGGUCAUGAUGAUCUAGUGCUUUCUGGGCACUGUCAGCUUGCCGGAUUGCACUGGCCAGUGGUAUCUCCAGAUCUUCUUUAGAAGUUCAAGUCAGAUACAGGAUGUGGUGGGAUGUGGAGCCUCUGGUCAAAAUGGAACUCAUGAACAUGAAUCUGGUGCCCCCCCACACCCCAAAGGUGAUGGGGCACUAUGUCCCCCUCCAUUCCCUAUGCCAGGCAAAACAAAAACAUCCUCUUUUUCCCCAUUGGAUGACAACCCCCCCCCCCUCCUCAUUAAUGGAAUGGCCAGCUUUGCACAUCAUCUUAUGCAUCCCCCGGUUUUGGUCGUGUGGGCUCUCAGGCGGACAUCUGGAAUGUCUAGGUCUCUGAUAUUCCCGUUUGACACCCGAAAGCCAUGAAAAACGCAGGACCUGGGAAGUUGUUAUGGUCUGGCUGUAGCCUUUCCUGACCCUCAGAGCUGGAAAGACCUCAGCUUGAUGAGUGGAAGGAGUCGCUCCUUUGGUUGUUAUAAAGGAUAAAAUAUAUAUAACAUGCAGUUUACUGAAAAUACAUAGGCGAGGCUGGAGAACUGCUGUGCUUCUCUGGGUGGAGACUUUAAAAGGACCUGGAUCCGGUCCAGUGUGGUCGUCAUUUUGAUACAUUCCUACCAUGACAUGGCAGCAGCGGAUGUUCGGGUAUUCUCUUGGUCUACUUUUUAAGGAAUCAAAUCUAUAACAACAUAUUUUAUGGCCUGUUAUUUUUCAUGUUAAGGGCUAUUUGGGAACAUAAAAUAUGUACAAGGAAGUAUUUGGGGUGUCAGUUUUCCAACAGCUACGCACUGUAAUUAUUUUUUAUUAAUAAUUCUUUCUCUGCUCUAGCACAUUGUGUUAGUGAACGCUGAGAAAGGCAUGUGGAAUCAAAUGUAAAUAUUAUUAACUCUGUUUACUCUGUUCUCAGUGGGAAAGCCCUGAUUUAGCCCUUAAAGCACCUCACCUGCAUGGCAUUCCUCAGCGGAGGUGCAUUUGGGUGCGUCGCAUUGCAGCGGCCUCUAGGUGCAGCUGGUGCAGAACCAGCCUGCAACAGAGCGGGACUGGUGACCAUGCAUGUUCACUGCAUCUGCCUGGCAUGGAUCCAAAUGAAUAAGAACCUGGGUGGAUGAAAGUCAUUUGUGGUUCAAUCCAGGCCUGGUUGCUAAUCGCAAGCCACCCAACAUAAGAUUUAAGCAGGUUUUGGGUUCUUGCAUCUCCUUGGAGGAAUCCGUCUUUACUUCCUGUAGAGAUAACAACUAAGAAUUUUGUAUCUUUAUGUUGUUUUUUUUCCACAAACAACUGUUCUUGCAAUUAGUGUUUUAUUAUAAUAAUUAUGUCAGAAAUUUUGAUUUGGAAAUGUAUAAUUUGCACUAACAGAAAGCAGUAAUUUCUGAUUAAAAUAUUGUUCUUUAGUGUAAUUGCAAAACAGCUGUAUUUAAAGCAGUUCAUUUUAUGCAGUUUGUCAGCAGUGUUGUUAAUUUGUGACUGGGGCAUGAAGCUGUUGACUGUUUGUAUCCCCUAGAAUAAUCCUUGCUGAAUAACCCUUGCUGUAAUUACCAAACCGCUUCCACGAUAUUUGUUCGUCGACAAGGGCGUAGAUUUGAGUAAGGAAGGUAGGGACAUGUUCCUGUCAACAUUGUGAGAGUACCAUGUGUGUUUUGGGGGGUGGGGGGGGUUCAGGCCUAACUUCGUCCCUUUUUAUGUUGAAGCCAAACCUACAUCCUUAUUCUUUUUAUCACAUUGCAUUUCUCUCUUUUUUUUUUUUUUUAAUCAUGCCCAUGCUUGGCCACUAGAGGUAACUGUUGAGCAGCAAACAUUUAAACCAGCUGAUUUAGGAAUUUCCUACACUGGUCACAUUUUCACUGAUCUGGUGGUUCAGUGGGAAAUCCCAUUUACAGCUCGAGUCAUGCACAGUUUACAUGGUUGUGUGGGUCUCCUUCUCCAUGUAUACCAUUCAGGUGAGUUGGUGACCCUAGAUUUCCAAAGCGUGCGCACGAUUGUGCCUGAAUGCCUGGCACCGGACUGGCAUACUGUGCGGAAUGCCUUAUGGCCUAUGCUUGCCCAAUGGGCUUUGGAUCGCCGCAGUCCGAAGUGGAUCUUUAUCUCAUUAUUUAAAAAGUCUAAUGAUGUCUUAGCAAUGGAAAACUAGUAAUAAAUAGGUUUAUACUUAGUCUUAAAUCACCUAAAAUUAAAAUCUUCUCCUGUAAUAAACCGGGUUCUCCAGUCUCUCCUCAGGAAUCUCCUGUUGAAUCAGGUGUGCUGGUGAAAUAUUACAAAUGGGGUCCCUAGGGGAGAGUCUGAGAGCCAAUCUUCAGUCCCUCCCUCCUUGCCCGGCUGCCUUUGGCAAUUCAUCCAUGUAGUGAGCCACUCUGCUCCAAGUAUCUGGGUGGCUUGUGUCCUUUGGCAGUACUCUAGGGGUGAGGUGACACUGGUGUUAAAUUAGAGGGUGUGACAGCCAUGUCCAUGCUUGGCCAAUCACCCGGGGAGGUCAAGGCCAUAUCAGUAACCACGCCAGUCGAGCAAUGAGACAAGAAACACAAAUGAUUUAAACCAGUGUUUCUGAACCCAGGUCUUGGGAACUGCCAGAUGGUCACAUUUUUGCAUCCUACUGGGAGCUGGGAGGGAGCAUAAAUGUGGGCCGCCUAGGGGUCGUCGAGGAGCAGGUUCAGUAAUAAUGCUUUAAACAAGUUAAUUUUAUUGGUUCUUCAAUCACAGAUCACAGUUGACUGGAAGACAGCUGAUCAACCUUAGAACGAUUACCCAGCCCUUAGUUAUUAAUAUGACAUAUUUUAAGCAUCUAUGAUGGUUUAUUGCCUCUCUGAAGAUAAAGCUCUAGAUGCAGUAGCAAUUCAGUUGAAAGACAAUUGGGGAAUGUGGGGAAAAAGCCAUAUUUGUCUGGAAAUUAUUCUCACUUGUUGCUAUUAUUAAUAGAUGUUCAUCUUUUAUGUAGAAUAACAUGCAUAUAUACAUUUCAUUAGUUGUCUCGAGCAGUGCUAUGCAGUUGUCUUUCAUGGUAUUUUCCUGUGUGUUACAUGUGGUGUUUUUUAAUGUUUGUUCUUACCAGGGAAAAACAGAUGUUAAUAUGCCGUUUGCCAUAGAUGUUUCCUUAAAUCUAACAAGUAUAGAGUUUUUAAAGAAAAUGCUGUGUACAGACACGUUAUUUUACAAGAAAAAUAAAUUACCAGAAAAGUA